CCUCUCGCUUUACGGAUCCUGCUUACGACUCCCGCUCGUCGUGCCAGAGCCUGCAGCUGUCUCUGUUGCGUGCCACCGCCGCUGCUGUGGGAAGUCGUCGCCCCACAUGACGGACCUCCGCCAGACUUUUUCCCCCGUGAAGAGUCAGCGCAGACCCGAAGGAUACCGCAACUUUCGAACACAUUUCCAACACUGUUCGGGGACUGAAUGGAGACACCUGACUGCUCGUAACGCGCGUUGACUGAAAUCUCUCCAACUGUGAAGACUAUAGGAAUGUGGAAUACCAGCCUAUCUCAACGUGAAACGACCUGCCUCGGCCCCUGACACCAUGACCACAGACUUGAACUUGACCUCCCUGCUGAAUGUCACAGAUCUCCACAAUCACACAAGAGAAUGUUCCCUCACCAAGACAGGUUUCCAGUUCUACUACCUGCCCACCGUUUACAUCAUAGUCUUCAUCACGGGGCUGGUGGGCAACAGCCUGGCCAUUUGGAUGUUUGUGUGCCACAUGAGACCUUGGAGCAGCAUCUCUGUCUACAUGUUCAACCUGGCUCUGGCUGACUUCUGCUAUGUUCUCUCUCUGCCCUUCCUCAUCUUCUACUACUUCAACAAAACCGACUGGAUAUUCGGGGAUGUACUGUGCCGUCUGCAGCGUUUUAUAUUCCAUGUGAAUCUUUAUGGCAGUAUUCUGUUUCUGACCUGCAUCAGUGUUCACAGGUACACCGGGGUGGUGCACCCGCUCAAGUCUCUCGGCCGACUGAAGAAAAAAAAUGCGGUUAUUACCAGUGCGUUGGUGUGGGUGGUGGUUGUAAUAGGUAUCUCCCCCAUCCUUUAUUAUUCCAGGACUGGCUUGAAGCGUAAUGCAACCAUUUGUUAUGACACCACCACUGAGGAUGAGUUACCAGGUUACUUCAUCUACAGCAUGACUUUGACUGUGUUUGGGUUCUGCAUCCCUUUUAUUAUCAUAUUUUGUUGCUAUGGCAUGAUCGUCAAAGCCCUAAUCUGCAAUGAUAUGAACAAUGCGCCCCUGCGGCAGAAAUCAAUCCACCUGGUUAUCAUCGUGCUUGCGGUCUUCGCCGUCUCUUACCUGCCUUUCCAUGUGAUGAAGAACCUCAACAUGAGGGCCAGGCUGUACUUCCAGAGCCCUGAUAUGUGUGAGUUUAAUAACCGAGUCUAUGCUACCUACCAGGUGACACGGGGGCUGGCCAGCCUAAAUAGCUGCGUGGAUCCUAUUCUUUACUUCCUGGCGGGAGAUACCUUCAGGAGGAAGCUGUCACGGGCCACUAAAAAGCCCUCCAGGAAGGGGGACAAUGUCUUUCAGUCCAAGAGUGAGGAGACAGCACUCAACAGCCUGGCUGAGUAUGUGGAGAAUGGGGACCGGAGGCUGUGACAGGGCACCUCUGUGUGCCUAGUACUGGGUUUGAAUCUCUGCUAGCUUUAGAAACCACAAUGGACUUGGUAUGGGAUGAAUAAAUGCACUGUUUGGACUGAAGGCUGUGUGUAGUAUUUAGUGUACAACGGUUUGUAGAACUGUAGGAUAAAUAUUGCAUUUAACCCUGUGAUAACCAUCGCUUGCCUGUCGAUGUUAAUAAGCUAUUGUACCGUAUUGUCCUGUACAUGUAUUGUACUUUAAACAUUAGAGCCAUCACUCUUCAUUCUUGUCGAAUAGCUAGUGUUGCUUACACCUUGAGCAAAAUGAACAUUAUGAUCAGGCAAGCUUGGGGAAAUAGGUUUCCCUGCAGGCAAUAAUGCCCUGUUCAUCAAUUUGUUGGGGAAAAAUUGGACUAAGAAUGGAUAGCACCUUCUCUAGCUACUGAGCUGGUGGUUGAUCAAUAGCUAUUAAGCAGGUGGGAACUUGUGGUUGAGGAAGCGUACCUGGGAUGGCUUUUAGAGGAAAAAAGUAAAUGCACUGAACCUGAGUCUGCUGCAGGGAUGUGCCAUGCAGACAUUGUAAUGCACUAUCAACAGGGAAUCUCUGCUCAGAGGACUACCUAUCACUCCUCAUUUCUUUCUCCAUCUAUUACUGACUGGGCAAGGAAUGUGGCGGACUAGUUUUUCAUUUUGACAGCUCUGAGGUUAAGGUCUGCGACGGCUUGGUUGCCACAGUCUUUCUCUUCUGGUUAUCCUGUUCCCUACAGAAAAAAAAGGGAAAAUAAUACUUACAGUAUUUUCGUGUAUAUGAUACUACAAUUAAUGGUUUGUUUGUUUUUUUUUAGGUGUACUGUACAGGAUGUUGUGAUGUUCCAGAUAAGUUUGUGUUGUUAACUGUUUUGCUCAAGUCAGUAUCACUAAUCCACACCUUUAGUGCAUGAGUCCGGUAUCAAAUCCCAUCAGUUAAACACUGACUAGCCACGGCAGGUUCUAACUGCUCAACUGUUUAUUGCAACAUAGGGAAUGAUAGAUAAUAAAGGAGCAGAACAGGCACACACCCAAUCACCUACUUUGUGACUCAAUUAAUAUUGAAGAGUUUUUUUUUGUAUGAGAUACCUCAAAGUAACUACUGCACCGUGUUUGUGUUUUGGCAGAUAAUAAUUGUUCAUCAUUGUUUUGUAUCUGUUGUAGUCAUUCUGGAGAAAUGAUUGUGGAGCUCUCGCAGCAUAUAUUUUACCCUGGACCACAUAGAUGUUUAAUGUCUCUACUAAUACAUCUGUAAAUAUGUACUGUGGUCAGCUAUUGUGAAGUAAGGAAGUGAAUCACCUGUACAGGAUAUUCGGGGCCACGUGUCUCUUUGUCAAUAAAUUUUUAUAUUUAUAAACUGCCAGACAAUGUAAUGAGACUCAAAUAAUUCUUUUCAGAUGGUGGGUAAUUUUAAUUCUGAUUUAUAGCAUUUAUGUCGCUGUGUUUGCACCAGCUGUAUGUGUUCUGAGUCCAAUGUGUGCACUUUUAAUGAGCGAACAAACACAGUUGGUUUUGGAGACAUUUGUGCGGAAUUCUGUCCUCUCACUGCUCCGCCUCUUUCUCUGUGCUACUGUUGACUUUCUUUUUCAACAGAGCCAGGAGGAAGCAAGGGGACGAGGGAGGAAUAAAGAGUGGCACCUUUUUCUCGCGGCUUAUUCUAAGACAGCUUUUGUGUCCAUCACAAUGGCGUGGGGUUAUUGAUGCAGACAGGGGUGUGAGGCUGUCGCCAGGACCCCAGGGCUGCACAGUGUUGUGGGCACAGAAAACCGACCAACUUCCUUCCUCCAGACAGGGCUCACGAAUACAAACGGCUUUUGAUUUCCUGGCUUUAAGGUGCAAACAGCGUAGCUGGCUUUGGCAAAUGUUUGUGUGUAGCUGUGUGUUUCUGUGUUGAGCCUGAAGGCAAUGGAGACCUUAUUCGACUAGGUGGCUGUUUUAGCCGUUAUUUCUGUUUAUUGGUUACUGGUUGUUGUUCCAUUGUCAAAGGCAGGCACUGUGACAUGCACAUGGACCACAAGCGUAUUAAUACAUAUGUAUAUCUGUUUCUAUUUGUGGGAUAUAUAGCCUCUGUGCUCUGUGUACACACGUUUGGAUGAAAUGAAAGUUGGAUUCAGCCAGUGCCAAAUCUCGAGCCAGUGUCAGUGCUUUUGAGCCUGAGUGUCAGUUCUUGACUUGCAGAAAGUUGGGAUGCUUGCCAGUAUCUCCUCCCUCCCCACUCAGCCACCUUUCACCUCUUUUCUCUUUAAUCUCUUUAAUCCGAAUCUACAAUUAGGAAAAGGCUUUUCUUCACUACAUUUAACCACCUUCAGGGCAAUACUAUUUGAAUAAGUGUUUGGAGGGGACAGUUCAGUAACACAGAGGGGAACAGAAGGAAGAGUUGAGCGUGAGGAGCCAUGGCAGUAGUGGUAAACAAAGUUUUUGCGUGUGUUUUUUUCCCGAGGGGGGCCCUACAGUGUAAUCACAAUCAGGACAGCUAAACUAAAAUACACCACUGUCUGCUUGGGCCAAAAACUACCGCAAACCUCCCAAAAACCAAACGAAAUCAAAGUGUCAGCGUGUGGUCCUUGGUGAGCAACCCGUGAUACAAACAAUCAUGGGAGGGUGUGGUCACAGUGAUGGGUUGAACCUGGAAACUCUACUGCAUCCAUUGACACCACGUGGCAGUGCUGUAAAAACCACGGGACAAUAAACUUUCCCAUAUAUAUCAAUUCCAUCAUUGUUGCUGUAUCAUAUGUGAAUCAUGCAAUAACCUGAAGUCUUAUAAUAC